CAAACCUUAGCAACAAAACCAGUCAUUAUGUCCGACUGUAGCUACAAGGUCAUCUACUUUCAUGCCCGCGGUGGUGCGGAGCCUAUUCGGCUGGUGUUACACGCAGCAGGGAUACCGUUCGAAGAUGAGCGUAUCGAAAUUAGUGACUGGCCCGCUAGGAAAGCUUCCAUUCCGGGAGGAAGAUUACCAGUCCUAGUUAUUUCCAAACCCGGAGAUUCCAAACCAACAUAUUAUCAAGAAAGUUUGGCCAUCGCCCAGUUCCUGGCAAGACGCUUCAAACUGGUGGGUGACACAGAUGAAGAGAAUUACCAAAUCGACAGAAUCAUUGGACAAUGCUACGAUUUUUCUAAGGAGUUAUAUGACGCUUUCCACGUAUCAGAGGACAAAAGAAAACAGGCUAUCGAAGACGCAUUCAAAGGACCGAUUCCAAAAAUACUCGAUCUACUAUCUCAGUCGCUUGCCGAAUCUGAAGGGCAGUUUGUUGCUGGUAACAAGUUGACCUUGGGUGAUCUUUAUCUUCUGGCGACAAUUGAUCAUGUCCUCAAGAACGAUAAAGAUCUGUUGAAGGAAAAAUACCCCAAACUACUUGAUUACCGAGAGAACGUGAUCAACAGCAAUGUGAAUCUGGCUGCCUACAUCAAGUCGCGUCCAGACACGGAAUUUUAGGCUAUGUGCUUCGUGAUUUCAUUUAUGGUGGCUAAUUAAUUUAAUAAACUCUCAUUCGCAUUAA